UAUUAUUUCAGUGUUUAAAGCGCUCUCAACCUACUCGAUUCUGAUUUGUCUUCAAUAGAUCACAUGGGUAGACCCUUCCAAUCAGAGUUUACUUUGUUGAGCAUUCGUUGAAUAAUGAAGUCACACGUGAUUGGUUUCUACGUUAGCGCUGAGUCAAUUGUCCAAUCAGAAUGCAAGACUAGGCUGACAGACGUCUGAUAGACAACAGCAGCGGUCGGCGCGCGAAAAGUUGAAAUACCUUUUUAGUCGAGGAAACGGGCGGGAGACAGAAGACAUAUAUUUGUCAAUGUUGUAUUCUUUGGUGAAUGUUCGGUUUAAACUUUUAAAACAGAUGCUUGGUGUUUUAUAGAGUUUUUGUUUGUUUUAACGUAACCUUUCUGAGAUUUCGGUCGUUUUAAUGUCGGAGCUGUGUGUGAGUAGUGCAGACUGAGGCGAAAGGCGCGGUAAAGAUGAACGUGGCGGUUCUCCCUCCACUCGAGUCCCAGGUGGAAGAGGCAUCAGGAUCAGCAGCGAUUCAGGCCACGGACAGCGAUUCGGACAGCGGGAUGGGUUCCCCCCAGGACGAGGAGGCAGCACAGCCAUCCAGCGUUGGUGAUGAGAUGAAUGGUAGUGGAGCUGAACAGGAUUCGGAUGAUGAAAUUAUAGUUAACCGGAAACCUCGCUGUCGGAGAGCCCUGAAGGACAGCGACAGUGAGGAAGAGGAAGGCGCAGGCAUGGCAGAGGCUCUUGUCUUGUCUGAAUCCAGUGAAGAGGAGGGUGGAACUGCCAAAGAUGAGAUAUACCAUGCAAAGGGCAAGAGGACUGGUCACCUGGCGCUGGAGAGCAAUGACAGUGAGUCAGACAGCGAGAUGGAGAAACCCCAAUUUAAGGAAGAGGCAAAAGGAGAGAGGUCCCAGCAUUUCAGGGACAAGGGAAGGAGACUACAGACAACGGAGAGAGUGAAAAGGAAGGUGAAACCUCAGCCUGAACCUCUGACCUCUGCCUUCAAUGACAGUGGUUGUCUCCUUGGAGACAGUGAUCUUUUUGACACUGGUCUUGAUGAAGAAGGGAUUGGGCUUGAGGAAGAAGAGGCAGAGUCACUAAAUGCAAUCAUGGCUUCAGUGAAAGAGAAGGCCAAGAAACACAAACCAGGACUUCAAGAUGACCAGGAGGAAGAGGUGGAGCACAAGCCACGGUGUAAGGAGAGAAAGGCAGCUCUGAUGAGUAAGGAGGCCAUCAGGCAAUUGCACAGUGAGAACCAGAGACUGAUCCGAGAAUCUUCUUUAGGGUUGCCCUACCACAUGCCUGAACCCAAGAGCAUUGACCAGUUCUUCAAGAGGCGAAUCCGUCCCCAGGGGCCAGCAAUGUCACUAUUAAAGUCACAGAAGUACCAGUCCUGUCUUCUGGAAGCAACCUCAUGUUCUCAGCUCAAACUGGACAAACAGCUGGUGUCAGCAGAUUCCAGUUCACCUCAGAAUGGGCCUAUUGAAACUGUCCCAGAGGCUGCUGAUCCAAUGACCAGUGCUUCGUUUGCCGAGGACCAGCGCACUUUAGGUGCUGGCAAGCAGCCUGCAUCUUUGGAUUUAACUGGAGACUCGUUUAGAUCUGAACCAGCUGGUCUGCAGCAAAGCUGCUCAGAGUCCAUUGCGCCAGCACUGGCACCAAAUGUGGAUCAGAGCAGGAUAGCAGAACCUCCAGAGCAAAGCUCUGCAAUAGCACUCGAGGACAGAGAAGGACCUGGAACUCAGGACCCCGUCUCACCCCCAGUAGAGACCAAGCCCCGAAAGGACCGUCUGACUCGUCUUCGGGAGCUGGGACUCGACCCACCACCUGUGCCUAAGCUGCAUGCUGACGAUGGGGCCUUUGUCCACUUAGACACCCCCCAUGUCAACCCCGCUUUGGAGGCCCUAAAGGAGCGCUUCCUGCGACAGGUACAGCCUGUGCCCCGCCCACAGGGAGAACGCUCUGUGCACAUUAGCAUCGUACGCAAGGACAGCAGCACCCCAUCUGGACAGGAGGAGCUUAUUGAGGACACAAUUAUGUUCUCUGUUGGUGGGGUUGAGAAGGAGGUUGUGCACACCAAACCAGGUGAGAAGUUGAUGCUGCUGAAGUCACGUUUGCAACUGGCUAUGGCUCAACGCCGGCAAGCAGAACGGGAGCGACGGGCAGCCCUGCACCGACUUGACAACGAGGUCUGUGAGGAAGAGGAGGAAGAGGAGGCAGAGAUGACAGACAACUCUGAUGCUGAAGAGGAGGAGGAUGUGAACAAGUUGCUGGGAGAUGAAGAGGAAGAUGGUGGUGGUGCUGAUAACUAUGGUGAUCAGAGAGAUGCAGAUCCCAGUCAAAGGAACGGUUCUCACGCCCUAGAUCUCUUAAACACAGACGGCACCCUUAUGCUGUUCGCUGGCAGCUCUUGCUCUCGGACAGGGGAUGGGGUAAAGAAACUUGAACCAACGGGACACAAUGGAGAUGUCAAACUGGGGGAAGAAGAUGAUUCACUCUCCAUGGCAAAGGACAACAGCCACAACAGCAGCUUUGAGCUCACUGGCUCCAUGAUCCCUUCCUACCAACCUGUCAGCCGGACGGCUAGGAGGAGUGUAUCUAACGGCGCAUUUCGUUCACCGUCGCCAGGGUUCUACAGACCUAGUUUCCUGGGCUCAGCUUCCAAGAGCUCAGGUAAGCUUUCAGAGCGCUCACUGUCACUCUCGCUCCCUGUGGAGGACUCCCAGGACCUGUAUGGUCCCCCUUCUCCCAGCCAGGCAGGAGUGCUGGGCAUCGGUGGACAUUCUCAGGGACGUUUCUCCUUAGAGGAGGACACGCAGUCACAGCUGCUAGAUGCAGAUGGUUUCCUGAACGUGGGACCACGUAUCCAGCCCCACCCCCACACUGUCCACUGCCGUCUGUUGUUGCCUGACAGCCUGGAUGAGAAUGCUAUGGAUGCCAACAUGGGUGAACUGCUGGGGCUCUGCUCUGGAGGGUUUUCUGCCACCGGACAGGAGGACACUGCACCAAGAGCGGACACCCAGGAGGAGGCCGUCGGAGAGCUAUUAGGGCUCUGUUCAGGGAGGUUUGCCACCACUCAGGACAGUUGUGACAGGUCCAACGGUACUAGUACGGAAGUACCAUCUGCGGCAGCAGCCCCAGGGCCCCGAAACAAAAUCAGUUCGGAGAUGGACAUGGACCAGCUUCUUGGGCUCUGCUCAGGCAGGUUCACCACUCCAGAUGUGUCACCUCAUCGCCUCUCAACAGGAGACCCACCUGUGUCCACUGAUCCUAGUCCCACUAAACAGUUGCCAUCCAGUGCUCUCAGCAGAGAGGAGCACAAAGAGGGUGAGCAGGUGGAAGAGGAUGAAGACUGUGAGUUUCACUUGCUCUCUGAUGUAGAUAGUCUGAGUGAUCAGGAGGGCAGUGUGAAGGAUGAAGAGCAUGAAGGUGGCAGUGGCGAGGUAGAUGAAGACCAGGAAUCGGUGUUUGGACAAUGCAAAGGAAAGAAGAUGAUGCGCAUGGAAGAGUUUGUGGAGUCAGAAGCUGAGCUCUCUAGCAGCGACCUCGACAGUGGUGAUGAAGAAGAGGAAGGGGGCAGCGAGUAUGAGGAGGAGGAGAUCACUGAGGAGCUGCCUUCUGAUGAAGAGCUUCAGGAUCAGGUCAACAAGAUCCAUAUGAAGCAAGUCCUGGAUGAUGACAAGCGUCGCUUGCGCCUGUACCAGGAGCGUUACCUGGCUGACGGGGACCUGCACUCGGAUGGGCCGGGCCGGGCCCGCCGCUUCCGCUGGAAAAACAUGGACGAUUGGUUUGAUAUUGGGGGAGAUGGAGAUGAUCAAGAGGAAGAAGAGGAUGAGGAGGAAGCGGAACUCAGCCAGGCGGAAGUUCAGCGACGAAAGGAACGACUGGAGAGGGAGCAGUGGCUUCGGGAGCAGUCGGAGGCAGUAUCCAAAAAGGGCAGGAGAGAGGAAGAUGACGAUGACGAAGAGAUCACGGAGGAGGAUAGUCAGUUUAUGAAGCUGGCUAAGAAGCUAACAGCUAAGAAGUUGAGGCCAAGAGAAGCUGCUGUUGCCCCCCAAGGAAAAGGAGCCCCAGUUACCGUCCUUUUCCAGAGACCCUCACAGACCAAUGUGGUGAGGAGGGGUUCCCUACUCAACCAGCCCCGCACCAUCUUGCAGAAGCUGGCCUCCAUCUCUGAGGGCAACCCCUGUGCCCCACGGCACUCCCGGGGUUUUCUCUUCCAAACCCUUUCCCCAGAGAAGGAAACUGCUGCAGCUGAGCAGCCCCGCGCACGGGUGAGCAAGAGGUCCCAGCCUGAAGCUCUGACUCCUGCAGCCAAGCGCAAAUGUCCAGAGGGGCUGCAGAAGACCUGUGAACCCCAGAAAAGCAUCUUCUCUUUCCUGGAGAAUUAGGUGGAUGAGCUCCAGAUACACUCCACCCUCAGCGUCAGGGUUGACCACACAGGGUCAUGUAGUUUGUCUGUUGAGGGUCCUAUGUUAGCAGAAAGGUGACGGUCAGCACACACACACACACACACAC